UUCGCGUUGACAGCCCUUUGGACGCUGUCCGUCGAUGUGCUCGCCUCGUGUUGCUUUACACCGUUUUUGUAUAUAAUGUGGUUUAUUUAUUAUGGUUUAGGUGGCGAUAAGGGUUAUUAGUAGGGUUAAUCUAUAGGUUACAGAUCAAAUUCUGAAGUAGCUUUGUUAUAAUUAGUUGAUGAAAAUGCUGACUGACUAUUAAGUUCCCCAAUACAGGCAUCGUUCCCACCGGCCAGUGUCCGCGAAGCGGAUUCACGCUGUCUCCAUCGUUGGCAGAACGCAUCGGUCGUGACCACGAGCAGCCCAUGUUACAGACACUACACCACCCAAUCAGAGAAAGUUCGUUGUGCGCUCGCAGUACCUACUCCCCGCUGCAGGCGCUCAGUGAGAGCACGUGCCGGGACCACGGCGCCCAGUCGGCACCCCCACCGCAGCCUCCGCCGAGGGUCCAGUUUUCCACACAGGUUUCCUCACAAAACGUGACACUUCACCCUGCGGUGGCCAGAUGCACCGCAUCAUUAGAGUUAGCAGCUCUAUGGAGGAGUUUCCACGAGCUAGGAACCGAGAUGAUAGUGACGAAGGCCGGUCGGCGCAUGUUCCCCGCGCUGCAGGCAAGACUUGCCGGGCUGUUACCGAAUGCUGAUUAUUUGUUGCUGGUCGACUUCGUGCCGCUCGAUGAUAAAAGAUACCGCUAUGCUUUUCACAGUUCAAGCUGGGUGGUUGCGGGUAAAGCGGACCCGGUAUCACCUCCCAGGAUACACGUGCACCCGGACUCCCCCGCGCCGGGCUCCCACUGGAUGCGCCAGCUUGUCUCAUUUGACAAACUGAAGUUGACUAACAAUCAACUUGACGACAAUGGACAUAUAAUACUAAACUCGAUGCACCGCUACCAGCCGCGGCUUCACGUGGUCUACCUCCCCGCAGAAGGACAGAGUACAGCGCCUGGUACCGUCCCUUACCGGACCUUCGUAUUUCCAGAGACAGGCUUCACCGCGGUCACAGCAUAUCAAAACCAUAGGAUAACACAAUUAAAAAUAGCGAGCAAUCCAUUCGCAAAAGGCUUCAGAGACUGCGAUCCAGAUGAUUGCCCCCCGGAACAGACGCAGCAGCGCGGCACCCCCCGGCGAGGCGGCCGCGAGCCGUCUGCGGCGGAGGCGUGCCCGCAGCUGUCGCAGCCGUACGCGGGCGAGCCCAGCGCCUGCGGACCGCUGUACGCCGCGCACGCGCAUCCAGUCCGGUACCAACCUCAUACAGGACAUAACAGUGCAUAUAGCGCAUAUUAUGCCCACAGAUAGCCAAUGACUAGGUUUGGCUAACCUGUAGUGAUAUAAAGACAGCAGGGCAAGGGCGCCCCAAAGCUUGAGAAAUACAUCCGGUUGAAUGUACAUAUGUACGAAGUUACCUUUUCAUAACGUGACCAUAUAUUAUUGUCAAAGUGAGACACUUAAAAACAAGUAUUUAUUUACAUAUGUUUCAUCUGCAAGGGCUCCACUGUUGUGUUUACUUGGAUAUUACUUACAACUGAAAGCGGGAUGUCCUGCCGAAAGUGCGUUAGUUGGUCACGUUAUUUUUACAAUGCAAAGGGAACAAUGAUAGAAGAAAUAAAUAUCUCUAAGUAGGUAUCUGAUUUUGUUAUCACUUUUAUAUAAAGUUAGAUUUGAUUGGGAAAACGAGUUAAAUAAAAAAAAACAAGGCAAUAAGUUGUCUCAUACAUUUAUAUAUCUCUCUUAAUUUUGUUACACGAAAAUUAUAUCAAAUUGAAAUCUAAUUUAAUUGUUUGUGGUAAAGAAA